AUGACCAAUUGGCCCGAUGUCCCUAUCAAGCCCGCCGAGGGCAUCUCCUACUUCACCCCGGCCCAGUCUCCUCCGGCAGGCACCGCUCGUGAUCCCCAAACGAGUGGGAGGCCCAUCCCAAAGCUCUUCAAGCCCCUGACCAUCCGAGGCCAAACGUUCCAAAACCGCCUGGGAGUGGCGCCCAUGUGCCAAUAUAGUGCGGAUGAUGGCCACCUGAGUCCCUGGCACCUUGCCCACUACGGCGGGAUUGCCCAGCGUGGGCCGGGGAUGGUGAUGAUCGAGGCCACCGCCGUACUUCCCGAGGGCCGGAUCACCCCGGUCUGCACGGGCCUGUGGAAAGACUCCCAGAUUGCACCGCUCCAACAAACCAUUGAAUUCGUCCACAGCCAGGGUCAGAAAAUCGGAAUUCAGCUGGCUCAUGCGGGUUGUAAAGCCUCGCACGUCCCACCGUGGUUGGGGGGUGUCACUUGCACCGAUGCCGUUGGCGGCUGGGUGAACAAUGUCAAGGCACCUAGUGCGAUCCCAUUCACAGAGGGAGAAAUUGUCCCCAAGGCCCUGACUAAAGACGAUAUUCAAGAGGUCAAAGAUGCGUGGGUGGCGGCCACCAAGCGCGCGUUGGCAGCCGGAGUCGAUUUCAUCGAGAUUCACAACGCCCACGGAUACUUACUCUCGUCGUUCAUGAGCCCCUCAUCCAACAAACGGACCGACGAGUAUGGUGGCAGUUUCGAGAAUCGCAUUCGAUUCCCUCUGGAAAUCGCCCAAUUGACCCGUGACACGGCUGGUCCCAAUAUUCCGGUCUUCCUACGUCUCUCUGCUACGGACUGGCUGGAGAACAGCCUGCCAGAGGAGAAGGGAUGGAAGCUCGAAGACACCGUCGAAUUUGCCCGUGCACUCGCGGCGCAGGGAUGUAUCGACGUGAUUGAUAUCAGUAGUGGUGGCGUUCAUCAUGCUCAAAAGAUCAUUUCUGGCCCGGCAUUCCAAGUGCCGUUUGCUUCGGCCAUUAAGAAGGUCGUCGGCGACAAAAUGCUCGUCGCUGCAGUGGGUAUGAUCAACAACGGUGGUUUGGCCGAGAAAAGUCUUAACGAUGAUGAUAUUGACAUCAUCCUCGUUGGACGGGCCUUCCAGCGCGAUCCUGGGUUGACUUGGCAAUUUGCCAAGGACUUGGAUGUUGAGAUUGCAAUGGCUGCACAGAUCCGGUGGGGGUUCACCAGCUUUCGCAAUGCGUCCGAGUUUAUCCAGCCGAACUUUAUGAAGGGCGCGGAGGCCAACCGCGUCUCAGCUCUUCCACCUUCAUCCUUCCCACUGCGACAUGGCGGUCCCCCAGAGGACACUGAACUGGCUGAUCAUUAUGACCCCCAGCAGACCUACCAUGAUCCCAACCGUGCCUACCACGAUGUCGCCAAUGCGCUCGCCCAAUAUCCCUCGCUCUCUCCUCGCACCGAUGUGUACACCUACGAAACCGGUUUCUCUGCCCUCCUCGUCCACCUCGUCGGCACGCUUCCUGUCGCUUUCCGUGGUACAACAUACCAAUUUCCCCUCGCGCUAUGGAUCCCAAAUACCUACCCACACGAGCCCCCGAUAGUCUUUGUCACUCCGACCCAGGACAUGGCAGUUCGAGUCGGGCAACAUGUGACGCUUGAGGGGCGGGUGUACCACCACUACCUGGCCCACUGGGCCGAAGGCUGGGAUGUUAGUAUUCCGAGCUACCUGAAAAGGAGUCUGAUGUAG